CUGAGCUGGUGGCCGCGCAAUCCAGAGCAGGCGCUUUAAAAGUCGAAAGCGGCCUCUCUGCUGUUUCUCUGCUGCAAGUCUACCGCUCAUAGUCUGAAAGAAGCACAACAAUGGCUCCGCUCGCUGACACCAAGACUGUUGAGCUCGUCGCCAGGGCAACAGAACAGCUCUCGCGUCGCAACCUGAGCGUGAACAGCACGCAAGCCGUGACGUUGGGGAUCAUUGCAGUGUACGUGGUCGUCAUCGCUCUCUUGUGGAACAUCCCCGUCGUGAGAAACGUUUUGUGGCCUUUCAAGAUGUUGACCAUUGCUUUCCAUGAGUUCGGUCAUGCGUUCGCGGCGGUCCUGACGGGCGGCAAAGUCGAAAGCAUUUCGCUCGAUCCAAACGAAGGUGGAGUCACCCAUAUGCGCGGCGGAAAGCAGGCUAUCACUUUGCCCGCCGGCUACCUUGGAUCAUCCAUCAUCGGAGCUCUGCUAAUCUUUUGCGGCUUCGACAUCGUCGCUUCAAAAGUUGCCAGCAUCGCUCUUGGCGUUUGCUUUCUACUUACCCUAUGGUGGGCACGACGAGAUUGGCUUACGAUUGUGACGAUUCUACUUGCCGUGGGCUUGCUCGUGGCUUGCUGGUUCAUCAAACAUGCUGAACCUCUUCGCUUCGUCGUUCUGUUCAUUGGUGUCAUGAGCAGCUUGUACUCGGUCUGGGAUAUUUGCGACGAUCUUAUCCUCCGCAAGGUCAACAGCUCAGAUGCCAGCGUCUUCGCGAAGCGAUACGGCGGCUCUUCGCGAUGCUGGGGUGUUAUCUGGAGCUUUAUCUCCGUCUUUUUUAUGGUAAUCGCCAUCAUCGCCGGCAUCGCGGCCUUUCAUCAAACUUGGGCGCAACAGGAAAAGGAUUCGAAAGGGUUUAUUCCAACGCGUUAAAGGACAGUGAUGAGGAAAGAUAGCAGCAUCGGCUAUUUUCGUCAAUACCGGAUCACUUUCGGAACGUUGUGAACGCACUUCAAAUAGUUCACUCCUCUAGGAUCGACAUGCUAAAGUACAAAAAAGCUUUUCAUGUGGUCAAACAACAGAGCUAUCUAUGCCCUUUUCGCUUUGGCAUCACCAAUCAGGUACCUCGCCAAUGAGAUCGAGGCGAUUUUUUUAAUCGGGAACCUUGGUUCAAGUCAUGUGGCCUACGAAACAAAUGAGCGAGUAUGAAAGGCAUGUAUAGUUCUACGAUCAUUGGUACAUGUUGUGCCAUGUUUACGAUAAUUGCCGGCAUUGUGUCUCGAGGGCUAGUAGCUGGGGAAAGCUUUCUUCUAAGCGGCGAGUCUCAUCUAUUGCAGCUUAGCCUUGGAGGGAUUGAUUUGAAUCAAGUCGAUUGUGGCCUAUCCCAGACAUCUUGAUUAACAGUCGAGCUCCGACGUAGAAGUGGAGGGGUCAAGCGUGGGUUUUUGCAAACCAUAACCGGGAGUACGUUCACAGGUUGCCCAGAAAUAGAAGCCGUCAAAUUUCUUGUCUGUGUCGUUUAGACUGCCAUUUUAUGAUGUCUCUGAAAGCCUCAUAAU